GCGCGUCGCGGAAAGUGGUGUCUGUGACCCAGCGGAAGUGAUUCUUCUAUCUGCCCCGGAACCCGCUGCGGCAGGCUUCUGGGGUGGGGGGGGCGGCCCUGGAGUAGGGGCUGUGGCGGUGCACGGGGACCCGGUGCGGUGACGGCAGUGUCUGCGGAGCUGACGAGAAACCAUUUAGUCCCUGUGGAAGUGGAGUAGGAUUUCUCCAAUAUAUAAUGGAUGGAGAAGAGAAGACCUAUGGUGGCUGUGAAGGCCCCGACGCCAUGUAUGUCAAACUGAUAUCGUCGGAUGGCCAUGAAUUUAUCGUGAAAAGAGAACAUGCGUUAACAUCGGGAACGAUAAAAGCCAUGUUAAGUGGCCCGGGUCAGUUUGCUGAAAAUGAAACCAAUGAAGUCAAUUUUAGAGAGAUCCCUUCACAUGUGCUAUCAAAAGUAUGCAUGUAUUUUACCUACAAGGUUCGCUACACUAACAGUUCUACCGAGAUUCCUGAAUUCCCAAUUGCACCGGAAAUUGCACUGGAACUGCUGAUGGCUGCGAACUUCCUAGAUUGUUAAAUAAAAUAAAUUAUAAUGAUAAAAAAUAAA